UCUACAUAGAUUACAGCACCAUACCAUUAACACAAAACAAAGCACACGACGAUGUCAAUUUCAAUGGCGAUUUCACUUCUAUUUUCUCUUCUUUUCCUCAACAUUUCCAUUUCAUCCGCAGCCUCCAACCCUACUUACCAAUCGCUUCUCCAAUGCUUAAGCCAAUCCAUUAAUCCUUCCCAAAAUGUUUCCACCAUUCUCUUCUCCAACACCAACCCUUCUUACGCAUCCGUUUUGCAAGCGUACAUUCGUAACGCUCGGUUCAACACCUCUUCGACGCCUAAACCGGUCAUCAUCAUCACUCCAUUGGAAGAAUCCCAUGUUUCCGCCGCCGUAAUCUGUUCUCAAAAAGUCGGUUUUCAGCUCAAAAUUCGUAGCGGCGGUCAUGAUUACGAAGGGUUAUCUUAUGUUUCCGAUGAACCCUUCUUUGUACUUGACAUGUUUAACCUUCGGUCUAUAUCUAUCGAUAUGACGGACGAGUCUGCUUGGGUUGAAACCGGUGCGACACUCGGUGAACUUUAUUAUAAUAUAUGGGAAAAGAGCAACGUCCAUGGAUUUCCGGCUGGGUUAUGUCCUACCGUCGGCGUUGGUGGCCACCUUAGCGGAGCCGGUUACGGUACUUUGAUGAGGAAAUACGGUUUAUCUUCGGACUAUAUCGUCGAUGCUAAGAUAGUUAAUGUCGACGGUAAAAUUCUAGACCGUAAAGCCAUGGGAGAGGAUCUUUUUUGGGCUAUAAGAGGCGGUGGAGCAGCCAGUUUUGGUGUCGUUUUAGCUUAUAAAGUUAAACUAGUUCGUGUACCGGAGACGGUCACCGUUUUCAGACUCGAAAGGUUAUUAGCUGAUAACGCUACUGACAUUGCUUUAAAAUGGCAAUCCAUUGCUCCGACGACCGAUGAAAAUCUCUUCACGAGAAUGCUGUUGCAGCCGGUUACAAGAAACCGGCAAAGGACGAUGAGAGUGACGGUGAACGGACUGUAUUUAGGGAACGCCGACGGUGUCGUAGCUUUAUUAAGCAAAGAUUUCCCUGAGUUAGGUUUAAAAAACGAGAACUGCACAGAGAUGAGAUGGAUUGACUCAGUUCUUUGGUGGGCAAAUUUCGAUGCCGGAACACCACCGACAGCUUUGCUUGACCGGAACGUUAACGACGCCGAUUUCUUAAAGAGGAAAUCGGAUUACGUUCAGACUCCGAUUUCCAAAAAUGGGUUGGAAUCAUUAUGGCAAAAGAUGGUCGAAUUAGGAAACGUGGGAUUAGCAUGCAACGCAUACGGUGGAAGAAUGGACGAAAUCGACGAUAAAGAAACACCGUUCCCACAUCGGAAAGGGAAUUUGUAUAAGAUACAGUACUCAGUGAACUGGAACGAGCCGGGGAAUGAAACGGAGAUGAAUCGGACGAGUCAAGCGAAAGCACUUCACGAGUUCAUGACUCAGUUCGUGUCGAAGAAUCCAAGGAGAGCUUACUUGAAUUAUAGGGACAUUGACAUUGGUGUGGCAGAAAAUUGGAGCUAUGAAGAAGGUAAAGUAUAUGGGGAGAGUUAUUUCGCCGGUAAUUAUGAGAGGUUGGUCGACGUGAAAACCGCCGUCGAUCCUAACAACUUUUUCAGAAAUGAACAAAGCAUUCCUCCUCGUACUAAGUGAGACCAUAUAAUAGAAGAAAGAUAUACAGAUGUAGUUAAUUAAUAUACUUUCGAGUUCCUUUCUUGUUUUUUUUUUUUUUUUUCCAUUAAAUUCUGUUAUCAGUUCUUCUACUUUGAAAAAAUUAUAGAUUUAGUUUCUGUAUUUUAAUUUGAUCAAUU